UAUAUUGGAUCAUUCCCUUGGGCGACACCAACGAGCAUGUAAAUAGAUUGUCAUAGUAUGCCACGUUUUCUUAACAGAGGUUUAAGAAUUGCUUGUAGAUUCCUCAAUCCAACACUGAUAUUGGAAUGUAACUCAAUUCAACCCAAUUAAAAGUUAUCACACCAUUUCGUCGAGUUUGGUUGUUUCUCUGUUUCUCCCCUACUCCCUGAUAAGUGCAACCACAACACAGGAAAUGCGCAGCUCCUCUUUGAUGGGAAUUGUAGGAAAUUUCGUCCUCAGAGAAACUACAGAAAUUACUCCCACGAAACUGCGAAACAAGUUGAUUUAUAAACUCGCGUGGGUGGGGGAACUCCAAACAAAGCGAUAUAUAUAUGAGCAGCUCCCGUGUGUAGGCAGGCUCUCGCAGCCUCCCCAGUAAAGCAGUCACCACGGCGGGCCACAUCCGGCCUAUGGUCUGCAGGGUGGUCAUCUACCUCCAGAGGGACUUGUCCGCCCAGGGCUGCCUCCACCCUGUCUACCCCCCCACCACCACCUCCUCCUCCCCUGAGCUGCCACUGCUGGAGCUAGUGCCCUCGCACACCUGCCCCAAGACCAAGACCUGCAGCUACCACGCCGCCUUUGGGCUGGGGAAUAGGUACGUGCGACUCAAUGUCGGCGGCACGCUGUACUAUUCCACGCUGCAGGUGCUCACCAGGCUGGACUCUCUGUUCAAGACCAUGUUCAGCGGAAAGAUGGAGGUGUUCACUGAUAAAGAAGGUUGGAUCCUGAUCGACCGCUGUGGGAAGCACUUUGGUGCCAUCCUGAGCUACCUGCGGGACAGCAGUGUCACCUUGCCCAAGAGCCGGCAGGGCAUCCUGGAGCUGAUGGCCGAGGCCAAGUAUUACCUCAUACCAGGCCUGGAGGAGGCCUGCCAGAAAGCACUGCAGGACAAUAAGGAGAGGGCGGUGUGUGUCAUUCCACUCCUCACCUCCAGGAAAGAGGAGGAGAGACUAAUUCAGCGCUGCACCAAGCCUGUGGUCAAACUCCUGUACAAUCGAAGCAACAACAAAUACUCCUACACAAGCAAUUCAGACGACAACCUGUUGAAGAACAUCGAGCUGUUUGAGAAGCUGUCGCUGAGCUACAACGGCCGGGUCCUGUUCCUGAAGGACGUGAUUGGGGACGAGAUCUGCUGCUGGUCCUUCUAUGGACAGGGCCGCAAGCUGUCAGAGGUCUGCUGCACAUCCAUCGUCUAUGCCACCGAGAAGAAACAAACAAAGGUGGAGUUCCCCGAGGCGCGUAUCUACGAAGAGACCCUGAACGCGCUGCUGUACGAGAGCCUGCCGGCGCCCGACACGUCCCUGCUGGAGGCCACGCGGCGCCGCAACCACUGCUGCUCUCACAGCGAGGACGACGAGGGAGGCAGCGAGAUGAGGGAACGCGUACGUCGCAUUCACAUCAAGAGAUAUAGCACCUAUGACGACCGCCAACUAGGACACUAGGAUCAUGUUCGCACCCGCACGCACCAUGGGCACGCACACUCACAGAGCAGUGACACGAGGGAAUGCGUAUGCCGUAUUCACAUCAAGAGAUACAGCACCUACGAUGACUGCCAAACGGGACAUUAGUACUCCAUAUAGAAUUCUCUCUCUCUCUCUCUCUCUCUCUCUCUCUCUCUCUCUCUUAUGCACACACAAAUAUCGCAGCAAUAAGAGGGUACGCAUGUACGCUGUAUACACAUCAAGAGAUACAGCACCUAUGAUGUCCUCCAACCGUGACACUACUAAGAGCACACAGUCUAACAUUCUCUCUCUCUCUCUCUCUCACACACACACACACAGAGAUGCAGUUCCUACAACUACAGCCACCUUGGGCACAAGGAACGUGAAUGUUUUCACACAAACACACAUAUCAAGAGAUGUCGCACCUACUAUGACACACACCGCAAAACUCUCUCACACCUAAAAGUGAAAAAGACAAUGGGGACACAAGGUACACACCAUGUGUCUACAAUGCACCUUUCACGGCCGAACAUUACAACACUAAGGGUGCAGAAACACUCACUGGCCUAUACUCUGACAUUAAACUCCCCUGUGCCUCAGCUGUUACUCAACAUGCCACUACAAACUUCAAUAUUGUCGCUGUCAGGCAGAAACCUUGUGCCUCCACCUUCCAUUGAUUUUUACGUAUUAAUUUAUAAAUCUCUAUUUCUUAAUAAAAAAUAAUUUCAACAUUAAAGUUGGGAAUUAAAUAACCAUAAAUAGCCAUUAUCAUACACAUAUGGAGACUAACUAAUAGUUCUGAUUUAUAUUUUAUAAUGAAUAAAGAAACAAUGUCAAAUAAUUUUUAAAAAUGGUGGAGAUCCGAGGUUUCUGCUGGACAGAGAUAAUAUGCAAUCUCAAGGACAUUAGAAGUUGGUUCCUUAGCCACUACCCCAGAUCUAUUCAUUCAGAGUUACUGGAAAGCCUCUCGAGAAGGAUUCUAUGGCUCUAUGGAUUCCUUGAGCAGAGUACAGUCACAGAAGGCUUUCUUUUCCAGCCAAGUUUCAGGUUGAAUACAUGGAAGUGUACAGAACGUGCAACAAACAGACUGCAGAAUGUUAUUGACACUAGCCUUAAGAAGGAAUAAUGAAUGUGGAUUUGUUAUCAUGAUCUAGAAGAGGACAAGGGAAAGUGUGUGAAUGUGUAACACAAGUGUUGUAAAUGCUGUUCAUUUACCAGCACUUCUGUUAAUUUUGAUUGGUCACAAUCUCAAUACACUCUGAAACAAUGGAAAAAGGACAUGAGGUCAUACGAAAUAUUGAUGGAAAAUACGGCGUCCUCUGUGCUGAAAUUGGUUGUGGCCAGUUGAGGACGUGAUAGAAGAGACUUUGAAAGAGCUUCCCAAAACUGAGUGGAGAACAGGACAUUCAAUAAGUAUAAUCAGCAAUACAAUAUGCAACCCAAAUGGAGCCAUGGGCUUAAAACUGUGAAUGACAGCAGGACAAGACUGUAUCAGUCUAGGAUGCAGGCUGUCCAUUGGAGGGACUUAUGAUUGACCAAUUCACACUCUGAUCAUCACUAUGAUUAUAAUGAUUCAUUGACUUUAUUUUACAAAGACUCUAUGAUGUGGAAAUCAUGGCUCCAGUCUUGAUUUUCUGAAUUUGGAUUUUGGUGGUGUUUCUGUGGUGGUGUUUUAAAAUCACUGUGAUCUAAUGACAUAUAUUGCCUUUUAUUUUUCAUAUACAGGUAGUAUUGGUUGUGGUAUUUUGUAAUCAAAACGGCCCAAUGGUAUUGCAAUACAAUCCUCAUAGCACACUAUAACUGAUAGAAACGUCACCGUCUUAGACCGUAUUUCUGUAUGUAAUCAAGUGAUACUUCUGUAAUUGUGCACAUAUGGGGUAAAUUAUGUACUUAUUGGGUUUUGGUGGUAUUCUAUGAGUAAUACAAACUAAACAAUGUAGGAAUUGGGGAGAAAAAAACAGUGGUCUUGCAGAUUUAAAUUGAUAUGUUAACGCAAGAAGUGAAUAACUCCCAGUGAAACCUGCCAAGACGCAUUGUUCAUUUUUAGUUUUCUCAUAAAGUUUCAAUCUCCUUUUAUAGUUUAAAUCUCCUACAAAGUGAAUACUGCUACUUACUGAGAUGUUGUUAAACUUUAUAUUUAUUGGAAGCAGUGAGAGAAUGUGCAUUGUUUUGGUUUGACAGACAAUUCAACUGAGCCCACUUGUUUGAGUGUGAUCCAAAGGCUCACAGAAAUGACAAUACCGUGUGAUCAAAUUGUUUGUGGCUGGUGAAAAUAAAAUUUCUACAUAUUUUUUGAAAUGA